GCAACACAUUCAUUCAGUCUUUUGGCAUUUUUUGCCGUGAAACCCGAACAACAAACGGCGCGGGGGUCACUUUUUUGAUAUUAUUUUGUUCACUUUUGGGUGUUUUUUUCGGCCCAGUAUGGCCACUAACGAUGGAGAAAACGUGGACAAUAUGACAGUAGUUCCUGUUGGUCUAGAGGCUGUGUAUUCGGCAUGCAGGCAGCUUUAUCCAGCUCAACCUAAUCCGUUACAGGUUACUGCUGUUGUGAAGUUUUGGUUAUGUGGGCCGGAUCCACUUGACUACAUCAGCAUGUACAGUAACCCUGGUCUUCCGGAGCGAGGUAUACCACCACAUUGGCACUAUGUUAGCUUUGGACUGACAGACCUGUAUGGGGAUGGACGAGUUCAUGAAUUCACUGGUCCAGAUGGCAUUAGUGGUUUUGGCUUUGAGCUAACCUUCCGACUCAAACGAGAACCGACAGAAACAGCGCCCCCUACCUGGCCUGCCCAACUCAUGCAAGGCCUUGCUAAAUACGUUUUCCAAUCAGAUAACACGCUAUGUGCCGGUGACCAUGUCUCAUGGCAUAGUUCACUGGAUAAGAGUGAAUCUAGAGUGCAGCAUAUGUUAAUGUCUGAAGACCCUCAACUACAGCCCAUCUCAACACCCUUCGGAUCUGUCAAUUUUGUUCAGAUUGUUGGUGUAUGUACGGAAGAACUGCAGGCAGCACAACGGUGGAAUGGUCCAUCAGUUUUAGAACUCUUGAAAUCAAUUUCUGUUGCGGGCGGAGAGUGGCUGAUCACUGACAUGCGUCGUGGAGAAACCAUCUUUGAGCUGAAUCCACAUCUUCAGGAUGAAGUAGAACGAGGGAUCGACAUGGAUGGCUCCAAUCUCAGCGGUGUCAGUGCUAGAUGCUCCUGGCAAGAAGGAGAAGACUCGGACCCUGGUGGAGACAACCAAACACUGUCACAGAGAAUAUCUCCUCAACAAUCUGAGCAGAUCAAAGCAGCUCUGAAGAUGGGUCUAGCCAGUGAGAGGCCCGCCCUACCCCCUAUCACUGGACCUGAGUCUGAUAAGACAACAGCUCAUCCCUCAAGCCUUCAAUCUCAGCGCCAGGAAUCACUAGAUAGUGACAGUGACCCACAGGGUAACCUGGUGGAGCUCGGGAACCCACGGUGCUUGGACAAGGUUCACAUCAAACUCAACCAUGAAGCUGCAGCACUUUUCCCUCUUGCUAUGAAGGGGCGGUUAAAACAUGGCCGUCACUUUACUUUCAAGAGCGUUGCAGGAGACUGUGCAAUAACACUGGUGUCUAAUGGCGUUGAGGGUGCUUUUGUUGAAGAAUCCCAUCCGUAUGCUGCAAGAGGGCAGUGGUUACAGGUGCUGUUCUCUGGUGAGUCAAUUGACGCAGUAGCAGAGGACCUUGAUGAAGUAAAUGCCCCAGAACAACAACUGAAUCUGCCCAAGACUUACCAAUGGCAAGACAUGGGGUUAACCAUUACCAUCAUGCCAAAUGACUGAAACAACUCCUGGCACUCCAAAGAAACGUAGCACACCCACCAAGAAUCUGCCUUCUCCGUAUGACAUUGCCCACCUCAGAUCGAUGGUCACCACCAAUUUGUAUCGAAGUUGUUGCCAUAAUCUGCCUAGCAACGGUUCAUCCUAACGGUGCACAGUGUUGGAAGAGGUGUCCAACCGCUGAAAUCUCACUAGAAAUAAGUAUCAUCUACAUCCGUCCUUUUUUUAAAUACAGUUUACCAUGUCAGCAUUUCCAUGGUACUUAGUCAUAUUUGUAUUUAUUUGCCUAUCAAUUUGCAUGAACUAUGUCAUUAUGUUUUGUUUGUUAUUCUGUCUCGAUAGCGUUUUACUUCAUGUGUAUAUAAUACAGAUGUAUAAUAUUUUACCCAAAGAGUGUACAAAUAAGAAUAGUAUAAAUCCUAAUUAUUAUGCCCCUCUCAUUCCCAAAUGAAACAACUAUAGUUGGUACCAGUUUGUACUUCAUGCACAAUCUAUGACUGGUAUCCUGCUCAUUCUUGCUAAGCAGGAAACUGCAUAUUUAGCUCUAUGAAAUUGAGCCUAGGGCUGUGUUCCAAAUUGUUUUAAAACAUCUAUGGUUCGAGCGAGUUGUGCCUUAGUAAAGAACAUAAGAAGGAUUUGGUUAACAUGUUUCUGAUAUGUUGGGAAUUUUGGAGACCCUAACAAUCACUACAGGCUGUUUUCCCAGAUGGAUGCUUUCGCAGUUCCCAUGAAGUAUGGACCACGCUUAAGUGUCAUUCUCUUCACUACUGAAGAGUUGCUGUUACACGCAAUUUUUCCAUCAAUCAGUGCGCCAACUAGACUGGUUCCCUCUCCUUUACCAGAAGGAUGAGGACAGGUGUUGGCUUACAUGUAUUCACAUGUAGGUUGAAUUUAACUGUGAAUCUCCACAACCAUGAAGGCCAUGUGACUCGAUGUGAGGUCAAAGGUGAUUAUGUACUGGGUCUAAAUGGCAGAUCUCUGGUGUAAUUCACAAGCCUCCAAGUUUGACAUCAGAUGUUCAGGCUAUGCACCAACAUUCGGUUAAAUUUUGGCCAAAGCAAAACAUACCCCAGAUUUUAGUGCCUUAAACAUGGACUUUACACAGUUGUUUGUUUUUGAGAGGUUUAGGGAAUUUAGAAUACCUACAUGUAGUUUCAAGGCAGUUUAUUUUUCAUACGUUGAAAGGUUCUGCUUCUUAAAUCCGUCCAAGUUGCGUAGAGACCAAAGAAAUAUUUUUAUUUUCACAAACACCUUGAUUAAGCAUGAAAUAAUAAGUUAUGUCAGUGCAAAAAUGUCCUUUGAGUCGAGUCCCAAGUGUUGCUGUUGUGUCCAUGAGCAAGAGACUUGACCAUAAUCGUUUUGUUCAGAUGGGACAUUAAGCUGUAGGUCCCCUGCAUGGUAGUGCACAAAGAACGCUUUAUCAUUGAAGAGUAGGAGUUUCCGGUUCACACUCAAGACUCCUUAUUUACAGGUUUCCUCAGGCUUACGAGCUACAGUGAUUAAGCUCACUAAUGAGGCAUCAUUGGUUUCAUUACCAGAAAUAAUAAGAAGAAGAAUAAUAAUGCUCCAAAAAUCAAAUGUUAAAGAUCUACUCGAGUGUUAUGUAAAUCUCAAUGCAAUUAACUAUACUGGAUGUACACACAUAAUUCAAUUGCGUCACAAAAAGCAGUUGUUUUGCAAGUUGCAUGAAGAUUCUCUUGCGCAAGAUACAACUGAACUGAUUUACUUUUUUGCACUGGCACAACCAAUUAAGUCUUUUGGGGAAAUAUAAUGUGUGCAUGAUAUUUGUAAACCUUGUUUGGUUUGAGUGGGUUUUUGUCAUCGUUCGAUGUAGAAGGUGUAAUAUAUUUGUAUCGUUAUAAUUUGGCAAUUUCUUAUGAAAAAAUGCAACCAAGCGUUUGCUAAAUAAUUUUCUCUCAAAACAUAAGACAUCGGAUGGUCUGUUUUGCAAAAAGCAACAAUUUUUUGUUUUAAAACUAAAUAAGAAGUGUGGACUUGAGAACAAAGCAGGUCCACAUAAUGUAUCGAGACUAGAAACACUAUGUGGACUUACACACAUCCACACAAUGUUCUUUACGGUGAUGACGAAUAGUUUAAGAGCAAAGGAAUGUCCACAGAGUGACUACAACAGAGACUUGUGUGUGUGUUUUAACUUACACACCUUAGUUACCUGGUGUGCGUUCCACUUGCCAACAUUUGCCCUCGUCCUCGUUGCCACUGUUGGCGAACGAUGGCAACCUUACGGGAACAUAGCAUACAAUAUUAUUUUUUGUCACAAACAUAAUUAGUGUAUUUUCGGUGGUUGAUAAUCGCAGAUUUGAAAUAAUAAAGGCAGAGGCAAAUUCGCUCCUGAUUGUUGGCCAUUAGGAUUAAAACAAUCCAAUGGAUCCAAAAACCAAAGUGAACUUGUCUCCCUACGGUGCUCUGACCGGGAGCUGUACCAAUAAAAAAAGCUUCAUUCUGUGAUAUAUCUAAACACUUAAAUGGUUGGACUUUUAAAACUAAACUGCGAAUCAAAUGCAAGCAAUUUUGAGCAACUUUCAUAGCUUGAAUGUUUGGAUUUUUGUCAUAGGAUAUUAAUAAGAAAAUUUAAAUCACGAAGGGUGCUAUGUUAAGAUUUAAUUUCAAAGCAAAAUAUUAAUUUCUUGGGAUGAGAAUUGUAUUUGAGCUUUUGGUUUUCAUAAUCAUUGUUUUUAUUAUCAACUGGACUUUUGGGAACACUAGGUGGCAAACCUAUUGUUCUUGGAAAUAGUUUUUUAUGCAAAUGCUCUGAGCCAGAGUUGCAACUACUUGGAAAUAUUUCCAAAAUAUUUGGAAAUUAAUAUCGAUCUUGGUAACUUGUCAAGAAAAAAAACAUAGAACUGCAAAAUCCUAGGAAUUUGAUCAUGUGUCACAAUUAUGAUUUUUUAUAAGCUUGUUUCGACGAUUUAAAACAAAAAUUUUUCAUUUUCAAAUGAGGCACUCCGUAAAACCAGAGUGCUCGCAAAACAUGCAAAUAACCAAGUAGAAUAUCGCGUGUGUGCAUGGCUUCAAGCACUUGAAGAUGUUUUAUACACAUACUUGGCUCAUGGCGCAAUGUAUGUGAUGUUCCCGCAGUAAUUUGGGCAUGCGCUCAAAAGCAUCCACUUUUAUUGUACAUGUAUGCUAAAGAACCAAGACCCUUUUUUUGACAUUUUGAAUAUUGUAUCAUUGAGUUCUUUGAUGAUGAUGCAAACUGCACUGACCAACAGAGUGGGGGAAUUUUUAUGUUUGGAAAAGCUUGGGAAAUUUGAUUUGGUCAUCUUAGGAACAAUUCAGAACUUGUAAAACUAUGAAAACAUUUUGCUUUAAUAUCUGCUGCUAUCUAGUGUUCCUAUGUCUCCCAUUAUACAACCUUAUAGAAUUGUACAUGUCCUGUACUUAUAACUUAUACUGUAUUAUUUGUCAAGUUUCACUCAUAUACAUUGUUUUGUUUAAAUUCAAGUUUUGGUUGUAUCCACUCAGUUCAAUAGUCAAGUUCCUAUGUUGCAAAUAUUUGAGUAUUUAAAAGAUUUGUGAUGCAAGACUUUUAUGUCAAUUUUGUAAGAAAUGCUCUGUUGUUGGCGUAAGAACAAGUUAAUAUUAUCUUUGUAUCAUAUGUGUAUGAAUGUAAAUGGUGCCUUCUUGAUAAGUAUAGAUGUUUUCGCUGACGUCAAGGCAACACGAUAACUUUCAAGUAACUGCGGGCUGGUGUGCGCACGAAUCAUGUUUUACAUAAAUUUGUAAUGGAGUGAGGUCAUGGGUUAGGUCACCUUUAAAUUAUGUGACCUUUGAACUUUUUAAUGUAAACAAAGGCUACAUGUUCUGUAGAUUUUGUGCAACAAUAUGAAUCAUCACUGGUAAGCUGCAGAUUCAGAGUUUGGAGAUCUUAAGAAGUCAUGCAAUGUUCAUGAAUUUUACGAAUCUUUCUUAGCACCUACGCCACACGUCUGGAAUUACAUGGAGACCAUGGCCUCUGAAAUUGCCGUGGCCCUGGUGCCCCAUCAAAAGUUUCCCAUAGACUAAGAUUUGAUGAACAUGCCCUUUGCAAAGUGAAAAAUGCCUUCUCAAAAAGAAACUUGCAUGACUGUGCCUAGACCAUAAGAGAACUUGGAUUUGCCUGACUUUGCGUUUAGUAUUAAAGGAACACGUUGCCUUGGAUCUGUCGAGUUGGUCUUUGAAAAUCGUUCUGUAACCGUUUGUUGUAAA